GUCGUAAGGAUUGUUUUACGUAUUUAUGAGCAGGCUUCCGUUUGUCGUUGUGGGGGCGAUGCUCACGUUAAUGUAAGAUCGUUUUUAAGGAAGAUUUAAAGUUGUUUUUUUGACGAGAAAUGAAGUAAAAGCCAAGUUCGAAAUCAAGUUGAAGCGGAACUGUUUACAUCCGAACCAGUCAAAUCAUAGGUUCAGUUAACGCGUAGUGGUACUGCUGAUUCAAAGAUGCUGAUUAAAGUGAAGACGCUCACUGGGAAGGAGAUAGAGAUUGACAUAGAGCCCACUGAUAAGGUAGAGCGGAUUAAAGAAAGGGUGGAAGAGAAAGAGGGGAUCCCUCCCCAACAGCAGAGGUUGAUCUACAGUGGAAAACAGAUGAAUGAUGAGAAAACUGCAGCAGACUAUAAAAUCCAGGGAGGCUCCGUUCUCCAUCUGGUACUUGCUCUGCGAGGAGGACAGGCGCUCUGCUCUCUCAGAACCUUCUACUCCAAGCUUUCAUUGUAGACAUCACUACAAAACAUGCCUUAGCUUUUGCGAUGCCCACAUUAAGCGAAUACAUUGAAGACACACAGCCACUAGUUGCAGUCACUUGGUUGGCAACACAGAGCCAUUGGCAGAAAGAGUUCUAUCAGGUUGUACUUGUGGCAGACAAAAGUGCUGCAAACAGUUUCCCACUGUAGUGACGAGAUGUUAAAGCUCAGCUGGUAAAAAAAGGCAAUGCUACUUUCAAAAUUCAACAAGCUUUAGCUAUAGAUUCACAGCAUAGAGCUAAUAUGGCUGUUAUAGAAAACUUUUUGCCAUGACCUUUUGUGUUUAUUUCUACAGCUCUGAAGUAGGCAAGGCUGAGUUUCCCAAAGUGUUAAAGCACAGAGGUCAUCUUUGUUUCUUUGACUCACAAUGAAGCAGAGAUAAUUGAAGCCUAAAGAUAUUAUAGGGAACCCCAUCCUUGGAUCACAGUCAUUGGCUUCUGAGUAUGACAUAAAAUGAGGUUUACUUCUUCAGCUUCAGACAUAUAGCUCAGUUAGAUUUGUGAAGCACAUUUAAAUAAGAGUUAAACAUUUUGGGAAGUACACUUAUUCACGUUCUGGUAGAAAGUUACACAAGAAUACUGGUACCAGUGUCAUGUCUGACCAUUAUGUCUGUUAAACAUUAGAGCUAGCAGACCCUUAGCUUAGCUUAGUAUAAAGACUGGAAACAGCAUGUCUGACUUUGUCGAAUGGAAAACUCACUUGUUCAAAUGCUAUAUCUUGUUUGUUUAAUCCAUACAAAAUAACUGUUAUAUGCUUAUUAUCAUUUUAAACUUUGUUUUUUUUCUAAGGAUUAAACAAGAUAUAAUGUUUUAAUUAAUGAGCUUCAGAAGUGCUUAUAUUUUGCUAACAAGAAGCAAAGCAUCUGUUCACUAGACAACCUACUUCCCAAAAUGGUAAGAAGUAAAAUGUGUUUUUAUGUGCAUUAAAACUUAAUACCUCUCAUUCUAAAUCAUGCAUAGUUUGUUUUACAUUUGCUUCAUAAAUAGACUGAGGAUAUCCAUUUAGUAUUUUACUGUUGUGAGCAGAGAAAGAGCCUGCCAGCUAUGGUCCUGUCUGACAGUGACUUCAGUUUGGGCAUUGUUAGUUUUGUGUGUCAGGAGCCAUAUGGCCAACUUCAGUGUGUUCAGAGCUGUGUGAACCUCACCAAUGCCAUGGUCCGCAGAAUAAACAGUCUUGAUGCUGAAAAUGCCUCACCUUUCUAUUUUGUGUGCAUUCAUCUAACACAGGGUUUUUCACCUAAUUUGACCCAGGAACCACCAUU